UUGCGUUUGGGUGGGAUGUGGACUUCAGCCAGUGUCUCCCAUUCCUUCUCCUCUCCUCCACCCCACCCCCCAACAUCACCUCAUCCCCCUCCCUCUCGGCUUGCCCUGCGCGGCGGUCUGGAUCGCAUUUAAAACCACAUGUUCCUGCGGGUGAGGAGCCGAGCAGAGGAGGCUGCAGGCUCGGACAGCAGUGGAACGGGACGGGUCGAAACAGAACAGACAUGACAGCCUGCCUUUCUACCACCAGUACACAUACAGCUGCAGACUGGAGGAUCUGAGCUCUGUCUGGGAUUGCUCUCCAUUCAUCUCUCGCUCUCAGGAUAUCCCAAGAAGUUGGGCCAGGGUUGCCAUGUCUAACACCAGUGCCAGAUCCAGGCUGAAGAACUGAUUUCUCCCCAGACAGAGUGCUGAAACUGCCCAGACGUGUUUUGUGUUUUGUUUUGUUUUUAAAAGGGAAACCUCCAUUUGGCUCUUAAGGUGUCUGCUUUCUCCGUGGGAACUGUCUGACUCGUGUGCGUGUGCGUGUUUGUGUGUGUGAGAGAGAGAGUUAUAGUGACUGCGUGUAUGUGUGUGGUCUUGGAGAACUCCUCAAGGAGCAUUGCACCGUGUUCGUUUACUCGUGCGUGUUGUAAGGGCUGGCUCUUCACAGUAACCGAUCUGCAGACUGAACCCCGGAGACACGAUUGCACAAUGAGGACUCUGCUUUCGAUUGGGCUUCACACACUGCUGCUUCUGUAUGUCAGACUGAUGCUGGCUAAGGACACCCUGGCUUCCGUCAGAAUAAACCAGGAGAAGUGGGAGAGGGACAUUAGGUCAGCUGCCAGUUUGGACGAGUUGCUUAUGCUGACUGACUUCCCAGACUGGAAGCUGUGGAGGUGUCGUCUAAAGCUGAAGCACAUUGACUCCACCUCCCUCCCUGAGUUCCGAUCAGCAUCAGCGGGAUCACACAGAUCCACUCGCUUUGCUGCCAAUUCAUACAGCCUGGAAAUACUCAAAGCCAUUGACGAGGAAUGGCAAAAAACCCAGUGUAUGCCCCGGGAGACGUGUGUUGAUGUGGCCAAGGAACUGGGCACAACCACCGCCAUGUUCUUCAAGCCCCCUUGCGUCUCUGUUUACAGGUGUAACGGCUGCUGCAACAAAGAGGGGGUCACCUGCCGUAACACUAGCACCACCUACGUUAAUAAAACACUCCUGAGCGUCAUCCCAUUUGAAUACGGGCCGGAGCCGAUACUGGUAAAAGUAGCCAAUCACACGGAGUGUAAAUGCCAGGAACCACAACUGAUUCGGAGACAUGUGCACCCCCACAGCAGUGGGUGCUCCCCCAUCCGACAGUUAGGCGACUCCAGGCGGCUUUGUGAUCGAGGGUUGAUAUGGGACUGUAUGGAGGGUCGUUGUGUGCCUUACCCUUCCAGUAACCAAGAAAUUUCCCCCACCACUAAGGCAGAGGACUGUGAAAUUGAUGUAGAGCGUUGUGAAUGUAUUCCAAAAGAGACAACGCCCAAACAACAGUCUCCACUGUGUCCUUCAAACUACACCAUGUGUGCAGCCAAAAGCAGACAAUUCAACCAGACAUAGUGCAGCUGAGCAAGAAAGCGAGGGCAGGUGCACAUGACGAGCACAACCUCCUGACAGUCUGCUUCUGCUGGAGCAGGAAACAAAGAUACAUUCUUAUUUAUUUACGUUAUUAUUUAUAACAUUGCCUUAUGUACACAAGUAUGUAACAUUUAACCCCAUUCACACUAUUAACAUGACUGUGUUAAUUUUUUUAACAUGCAAAAAAACAUUCCAGUUUAAUCAUGGUAUGUAAAUAAUAUGCCAAACAUGUUCCUAUGCACUGUGACUAUAAAAUAUAACAAUGCCUUACAUUAAAGAGUGGUAUACAUUAA